UCUAGUGUCAGAUUAACAAGAAAUGUGUGUUUAGUGAGCAUUAUUUUCGAAGUUAUGUCGAAAUUGACAUUUGUUGACAGCUGAGCCGCAUCCGUUAUUGGCCCUCUCUUUCUUUUCGUUUCUUUCUUUGACAACUGAAAUUCGUCAAGAUGGUAAACGUACCAAAACAACGUCGCACCUUCUGCAAGAAGUGCAAGUGCCACAAAUUGCACAAAGUCACCCAAUACAAGAAAUCCAAGGAGCGCAAAGGUGCCCAAGGUAGACGUCGUUACGACAGAAAACAACAAGGUUUUGGUGGUCAAACUAAGCCUAUCUUCAGAAAGAAGGCUAAAACUACCAAAAAGAUUGUCUUGCGUAUGGAAUGCACUGAAUGCAAAUACCGUAAACAAUCUCCUUUGAAGCGUUGCAAACAUUUCGAAUUGGGUGGCGACAAGAAACGCAAGGGUCAAAUGAUUCAGUUCUAAAUGAAUGGAAUCGUUUCCAUCUCGUCCUCAACUACAAGUUUUAAAACACAACACCACCAUCUACUUGUAUCAACAUUUUUAGUUGCCCACGACGUUGUUUCUUUACUAAGUGUGUACAUUUUUAUAAGUUGUAUAAAAAUUACAUUUUUGUAAUUUUUACAAAUUAAAGUUUUGGAUAAAAAUAACAUUGAAAUCACUUUGCAAGAAAGUGUUUUCAAGUUAAAAAAAGAAAAAAACAAA